AGGCAAAAAUGUCGUCUAGUACUAUUGUUCAUUAGUCGUUCUGUGAAAGGAGUAUCCAUUCACCUAGGCAUCUGUACGUAUGCUGUUGCCCUCUGUGUGGCUCAUGCGUACUGACAGAUUUUCGCUAACCGGGAACAGAAGAAACGUGAAAAGGAAGAGGUACGUUCUCUUGUGCUUACCAUCGACGUAGCUAACUAAACCGGGGCACGUGCGCCCGCUCAUGGCCUUCUAAAGCGCAGCGGGAGGGGGCAAACACCAACAGUCACAUUCUGGAAUUCCAGACCUGCACUCCAACCUCCUGCGUAAUUGAUGAACGCGAAAAGCUGCGCUAGCUUUUGAUUGCCAGGGGAGAGAAAGGAGGCAAUAGUUUGCCUCCAGACACAUGAAACAGCAACAUCCUUCGUGACUCUCAUUCGGGCGACGGAACUCAAGAGGAGUCGAUUUUGCCGCAUGCAACUUCUGCAGGAAAGACGAGCCACCCAAUUGCUGCCUUUGUGGCAGCGAUCUACUGCAACAACACGAUGUCGUAGUAUACGGCGGCUAAGAGAUCUGGAAGACAAUGACAUCCCGAACCACGAGGAAAAUCAGGAUGUGGUGGGGAGUGCGGUGCUCGCAGCCGGUUCUCCGGCUCUUCAACAUGAGACCGAGAAGGGAAGCUCGACAACCCGAAAUCCCCUAGUUCGUCAGGAAGCUCCUCCUGAAAACAGUCAAAUUUCAGUGACAGAAGGCGGAAGUUAUUUGGAUGACUGUGACGAAGGCACCAAUGACGAACACGGUACUCAGUUAGGCGAGGUGUGGGCAUACGGCUGUGCAGGUGAUUUUGAGAACGAUGGUGAGGAGGAUCCAGAAUCAGGAGUAAACUGUCUUCACUCAGAACCCAAAGGAUGUAGAAGUGCGACGACUGAAGGCAAUCCAGAAGAACUAACAGCAGAAGAAAAUGGAGUGUGGUAAGGGGCACGCUUGUGUCUGUCGAAGGCUCUGCAAGGGCAAGGAUCCGCCACGAAGCUAGAUGUCAACAUGCUGACACAACCAUUGACUGCUAUGACCGAGCUUCUUUCCUCUCAAAGUGAAGGAGAGAGACUUUCUCUUAGCCGGCACAGAGCAUUACGACGAUGGCCAAACCAUGACUGGCGGUGAUUUGGUAGAGUACGAAUUUGUGUGUGUACAGCUUCGUAUUGCCGGUUCCGUUGCUGAAUUUUGUCGUCAGCCUGAAAAGAAACAACUGUGUAGCCGUUUCGCCCUU